AUGAGCGUGUACGGGAAGCGCUGCCUGAACCCGGGGUGUACCGCUAAGGAUCCUAUGUCGUACGAGUACUCCGACUUGAAACUAUAUAACCAACUGUUGUACUACGCAUCACUUUUUGAUGGACACAAGGCCAUAGAGAAGGCUGCGGGAACUUCUCGACACGGCGAAGUAAUCGCUCUGGUUGGCUUGAACAACGAUUUCCUGACCGCUAUGACAAAAUGUGUAGAGAAAUAUCUGGACCAAUGUGCCAGACGCUGGGUUGAAUUGAGCACACUGUUCUCGUUCAUGCAAAUCACAAAAAAGGCUUGA